CAUGUUGCAUUAUCCUUUCGUUCUUCUACUGCUUUUAACUCUACAGAAGACAACAAAUUGUUGUCCAAAUGAAUACUAUCCAGCAACGGAAACCACCUGCCUACUUCUUGCCCAGCCCACCAGUAUGAUACCCAAAGAAGCAUUUUGCGAUCAGAAAGGGGGUGAACUAUUCGGUCGUCCCUUAACAGAGGAUCUACAGGCGGGAUUAGCAAAGAUGCUGAAGGAAAUUUCAGAAGAUUGGAUGCCCCCGAAAGCUUACGUAGGAUUAGAAAGGACAAGUAGAAUGGAAUUGGGCAAAGAUGACGAUACGUGGAUAUUUGUUGAUGAAUCUGAACCUUUUCUGCAAAGCAACUUUUCAUCGUGGUUUUCGGAGCCUGACAGCGGGGAAGAUUGUGCCGUGGUCGGUCGAGAAUACGAUUUUAAGGCUGAGCCCGUGCCUUGCUAUGAGUCGUACUCGAUGCUCUGCGAAAAGAAUGAUUUCCCCUGUGAGAGCUCUAGUUCUGUUUACACAAAUUUCGAUGGGUACUGCCUUGUGCUCGUCAAGGAUCUGAAAUCCUAUGAUCAGGCCACCGACGGCUGUGCGGAAGGACAUCUCAUGUGGAUGAAGAACAGUUCUUGCAUUGAACAAAUCGCCCAGACUUUCUACAACAGCAAAUAUUUUGGUGGAGUCUAUAUCGGUUUGAAGAAUGAAGACGGAAAGUGGAUUUAUAACAAUGGAGAAAAGGAACAUAAUGUGCAUUCUGCGUAUGAUGACCAUGAAUUUGAGUGUGGAGUAGUGCGACUUCAGGGCGAUAUGUCCUUGAAAAUUUACAGUCAUCCGUGCUUCGAAGAAAGGCUGUGGUUCUUGUGUGAAAUAAUCAUGGAUUCUGGAAUGCUAAAGGGAAAAAACAACUGAAUCAACAUAAAUAAUCGAAAUGAUCUACAAACUACUACAAUUAACUACAAACGAAAAUAAACUUGAGGAUUUAGUUUCCUCAUAUAGAAUUCAUGGAACCAGAUCCAAUCAUCAGGUCAUGGUCAAUCUGCAAAGUACAACAUAUCCAAACUGAUCGGUUAUGCAAGCUCUGGAGAUCAUGGUUUCCCAUCUUUGUUUCAAGAACAACUUUC